UGGCCGACGUCCACUGGGAGCGUAGUUUUGGUCAGGCCGUGUCGGCGAACGGUGCACGGUGUGUCCGCUGGUGAAAAGGAAACAUGGGGCACGAUAAUGGGCAGACGGUUAAGCGAAGAAGGUGUUAGCGAACUCUCGGUCCUUGUAAAGGACGAUUUAUGCGAGAGGACCGCGACGAUGGAGUCACGAGCACGGAGGACUCAGUUGCGAAGCGUUGUCGGGAUAUGUCUGUUCCUAGCGCUGACGAGCAUCAUUUAUCUCGGUUACUUUUGCCCGGAUCAUGUGUGUGCCCUGACGAAUCGCGAAAUCAAGGAGUCUGUGAGACUGUCGGAGAGCCUGUCCGUUGGCCCCGGCUCCGGCUUGUCUUCCGUCUCCGUUGAAUUCGACAAAAAUGGCCUGCUCUCGGUGCAUCCUGCUUUUAGAUUGCAAAGCAUCCAGGGGAGCCUUGGUUACGACGAUGUGUUUACCAAUGAUACCUUCCAGUUUGAUAUCAAUGCGCACGAUGUCAUCGUUUUCCUACAUAUUCAGAAGACUGGAGGAACACUAUUCGGAAAACAUUUAGUCAGAGAUCUGGAUUUACAGAGACCAUGUUCUUGUCAGAGAAGACGCAAGCGUUGUUUUUGUUUCCGUCCAAAUCGUAAUGAAAAUUGGCUGUUUUCACGGUAUUCCACUGGCUGGAAGUGUGGUCUGCACGCUGAUUGGACUGAAUUGACCAAUUGUGUUGAUACUGAGUUAAAUAAAAUUGAAGGGGAAGGGAUAAAACGUAGAUACUUUUAUAUAACUAUUAUAAGAGAUCCCGUUGCACGAUAUUUGUCUGAAUUCAGACAUGUGCAAAGGGGUGCAACAUGGAGAGGUGCACGUCACUGGUGUGGAGGAACUCAAGCAAAUAUACCACAGUGUUAUCCUGGACCCAGCUGGCAGGGAGUCUCUCUAGAACAGUUUAUGGCGUGUCCAUAUAAUUUGGCAAACAACCGCCAAACCAGAAUGUUGGCUGAUCUAUCAAUUGUUGGUUGUUACAAUUCUACACUCAGCAGCUUGGAGAGAGAUCGGCUCAUGUUGGCUAGCGCUAAACACAAUUUGCAAUUCAUGCCUUUCUUCAUGCUGACUGAAUACCAAAAAGUGGGACAGUAUUCUUUUGAAGAAACAUUCGGAAUGAGAUUCGCUGUUGCAUUCGAGCAACAUAAUGCAACGCUGAGCGCUGCUACUAUGGCUACCCUUACUGCAGAACAAUUAGAUGCUGUGCGUAGGCUUAACAGACUGGAUCUAGAACUUUACGAUUUCGCGAAAAAUCUCGCGUUCGAACGAUUCAAACGGCUUAGAGACCGCGAUCCGUAUUUUGUACAACGAUUUCAACACCUUGGUGAGCUACCUUCGAGACAGAGUGCAACAGAAUUCAAUUGGGAUUCUGUCAUUGAAGAUACGACAGAUAUUGAAUGA